AUGUCUUUUUGGUUAAGAGUAGUCAAACCAUACACAAAAGGUUUAUCGACACAGUCUACUCAACCACCACGUUGGAAUAGUAAUAUCUAUGAUGCAUACCAAAAACCGGAAAACUUAUCACCAGGAUCUGAACUAGUCACAAUAAGUGCAGAAGGACAGAAUGGUGUUGCAAUUACACUUGAAAUAUAUGGCACAGAAACAGAAAGACGGGUCUUUUUCAAUUAUACGAGAGAUGGCACUAAAGCUGUUGGCACAGUUUAUCUAAAGGAAGAAAUGGACAGAGAAAAUGAAGUAUCAGGAUAUAAAGUAAUUGAGAUUACAGCGUCUGACCCUGACAACAGCUUAGGCGGGCUAUUUUCUUUAAGGCUGCAGCCAGCUGGACAGUCUGCACAUUUAUAUCAAGGUGCCUUCAGUAUAAGCCAAGGGAAUGGAAACGAUAAAAAUAUCGGAACAGUUACUCUAAAACGCAGAUUGGAUUACGAACUACUUAGUUUUUAUCAGUAUCUUAUCAUUGCAACAGACCAUGAUCCAAAUAGACCGCUGUCCAGUUAUGUUACUUUAGUGAUAAAAGUAAAAGAUAUCCAGGAUUCGCCACCAUACUUCCAAGGUCUCCCUUAUGUUACUGAAAUUGAAGAGAACGUUGAUAAAAACACUCCUCUUUCAGUUCGAGGUUUAGCGAUCGAUAGCGAUAUUGGUGUUCCAAAUAAAAUAAGAUAUUCGUUUAAAUCAGUUGGUUUACCAGAUUCAGAAGAUUGUCGUGGUUUGUUUCGUAUUGAUCAAAGUACUGGGACAGUCUAUACCAACACAGCAAAUCUUGAUAGAGACGACAAACCGAUCAACGAUAAUGGUAUAGAUGGGGUUUGCAGAUUAACACUUGAGGCUAAAGAGUUAAAUUCAUCAGGUUUACCACAGUAUGGGAACGAUACUACAACCACGCCUUUUGUGAUAACAAUUUUGGAUGAGAACGAUAACUUGCCGAAAUUUAAUUAUUCAGUGUAUCAGGCCCAAGUAGACGAAAAUACCACAAAUAUUCCUUUAACAAUUUCAAAACCGGAAGGAAUUGUGGUUACUGAUAUUGAUCAGACCGGACACAACGAGUUUGACAUUUCGGUUCAAUAUCUUAAUGGAUCAGAUUUUGAUGGUAUCAAACCGGAUCCUAAAAGUAUUAGAGGAAGCGGAAACAUACAAUUGAGAUUGACAAAUGAGUUUAUGUUUGAUUUUGAAGUUAACAAAGCAGCAGAAUAUCGAUUGGUUGCAACCGAAAAGGGAAAAUCGAAUGCUUCGUCUGAACAAACAUGUCUAAUCAGUAUAACAAUAAAUGACAUCAACGAUAAUUACCCUGUUUUUACUUCAUCAUCGUAUACGGCAUAUGCUGAGGAAAAUCUGUCAGAUAAACCUUUUGAGUCAAAAGGUAUACUCAACGUGACAGCAACAGAUUUAGACUCUGGAAUAAGAGGAAACAUAACAUUUACACUAGGAGGAGAUCCACAUUUCAGUGUGAGUAAACUAAAUGCAACAACGGCAGAAAUCAGGACUAUUGAUGUUACAUCAUCAGAGGGCGUUUUGGACAGAGAAACUAGAGAUAAAUAUUACUUGACCAUAGAGGCAUCUGAUGGAGAAGGGGGACGCAGCAACGCAAGAAUAAAUGUCUUCAUUACAGAUUUAAAUGAUAAUCCUCCAGUAUUUGUUCAAGGAUAUCGUCAAUUUUCAGUGAAAGAAAACCAACCAACAUUUGACAGUGAAAUUGUAAUAAACGCAACGGAUAAUGACCAGAAGAAUCUCACAAACUCUCACGUCAAAUACAAACUUCACACUCCAUCCUAUUUAGAGAACAAUUUCACUAUUGAUACCAUUACAGGCAAUAUAACAUUAUCUUCUGAAAUAGAUUUUGAGGGUCUUAAUAGAAUUGACGGCAAAGUUACAUUAACUGUAGAGGCGUAUGACCUUGGUUCUCCUAGUAUGUCUACGAAUGAAUCGAUUGAUAUUAACUUUCAGGAUGUGAACGACAACGUUCCAGAGUUCACAAAUCAAACGUUUAUAUUGACAAUUGUAGAAAAUGCUGAUUCAGGUACACAUGUAGGAACAGUGUCAGCAACCGACAAAGAUGGUACACCUACAAAUAGUAAACUGACAUAUUAUAUCGAUAAGGGUGACCGAGAAAAGUUCCGAAUGAAUGGAGCAACCGGAGAUAUAACUGUUGAUCAUGGAGCGAAAAUAGACAGAGAAGAAUAUACAAUGUACAACAUAACAGUUUUAGCCAUCGACAGGGGAACUCCAUCUUUAAACAGCUCGGCUUUGCUGUUUAUAAAUAUAACGGAUCAAAAUGAUGCAAAACCAAAAUUUAAUCAAUCAACUUAUGUGACAAGUGUAAAUGAAAGUGCUGAUAUAAACACAACAUUCACAGUAUGUCCAGCCAGCGAUAAAGAUUUAGAUUCUUUAAUAAUGUAUUCUAUAAUCAAGGUUAUUCCAACGUAUUCACCAGGUGCUAUGGGGAAUGAAUCAGCAAAUAAUUAUUUUGGAAUUACAAAAGGUGGACUUCUAUUUGUGAAAUCGGGAUCUGUAAUUGACAGAGAAGUCAUAUAUCAUGUACAGCUUAAAAUCAAUGUAACUGAUGUGAAUGGUGUGGUUAAUGUACCACAGACAGACUCAGCAUUGGUUGAAAUAGGUAUUGAAGAUACCAACGACAGCCCUCCAGAAUUUAAUGAGAUUGGUCCAGUUCUAAUAUAUGAAGGAACACUAGGAGGUCACGUGUUCACAUUGACAGCGAUAGAUCCUGAUUUGAACUCCAUAUUAAGAUAUAGCAUUGUCCAAAAUCCUUUAAAUGCAUUUGAUAUUGAUCCGAUAACAGGCCUGAUUACAAGAAAUAAGUUAGUCAUCAUAGAUAGAGAAAAAAAUGAGACUUUGAUAAUGAACGUUUCAGUUACAGAUUCAUUACAUACCAUUUAUACCAAUAUCAAUUUGACCAUACAGGAUGUAAAUGACAAUAACCCUAUAUUUACCCCGAGCUCAUUCACAACGAACCUCACAGAAAACAAUGGAUCAAAUAUUCAUGAUAUUUUUCAUGACGAGUUUGUGUUUGCAGUAGCAGCAACUGAUGCUGAUAGCGGAAACAAUGCAAUGUUGACGUACACUAUAGUAGAAGGAAAUUUCGACAAUGUAUUUCGUUUGAAUAACACUAAUGUGGGAAACAUUUCGGUAUCGGGAAAUGUUGAUAGAGAGAAGAGGGAUAUGUAUAUCUUAACAAUAGAGGCAAAUGAUCACCCUGUUUCUGAUUCACGUACUGGAACUGCAACUGUAACAAUUUACAUCAAGGACGUCAAUGAUAAUGCACCAACAUUUGAAGAUCCCUAUUACUUUGCAAAGGUUCUGGAAAACGCAAGAGUUAAUGAGACAUUACAAGAAUUGGUUGUUGCAACUGAUGGGGACAGUGGACCUAAUCAAACAAUUUCUUAUUCAUUCACUGAGACGGAAGUUAAUAUUACUAAUUUGUUCGGCAUAAAUGAGACCACAGGGCAAAUAAGAGUUAAAUCAAGCUUACGAAAUAGAUAUGGUGACUACUUUUUAACCAUAACGGCUACUGAUCAUGGUGUUGAACAGUUAUCUGGUUCUACCAAUUAUACAAUACAUGUAGAAGAUCUGAAUGACAAUAUACCACGCUUGAUCGAUCCACCAACAGAUGUAAAAAUUUAUGAGUGCGCUCGGCUUGGUACGACUCUAGUGAAAUUGAACGCAACAGACGAUGACUAUGAAGAUAAUGGUUUGAUAGAAUUUUACUUCUUGGACAAAUCCGGAGAUCCUAACAGUACCUUUUUUAUUAUCAACAAUAAAACAGGAAAAAUUUCAACAGCUUUGUACCCCCUUGUUCAUCAGCAUAAGUAUUUACUGAGGGUUCAGGUAAGAGACCACGGUGAUCCACCUUUAACAUCUCCUAGUCAUGAUAUGGAAGUUGAAAUCAUUGAUGUAAACGACCAUCCGCCCGAUUUUAAAAAAGAUUCGACGACUGCAGAAGUGUUUGAAAAUGUUUCAAACAUUACUUUUACGAAAGUCACAGCACAUGACGAAGACGAAAAUUCGGUUAUUCGCUACAGCAUAGUUAAAAAUUUCAAUGCCCUGUUUGAUAUCAAUGAAGAGUCUGGGAGAAUCAGUAUCAUGAAAGAAAUAGACCGAGAAGAAUUUCAAACUAUCACAAUACGAGUAAGAGCUACAGAUAUUACUGAAAGGGACAUUACUGUUGAUUGUGACAAUACUCCUGAUAUGGUCUCAAAUACAACUGAAAUGGAUGUUAAAAUAACAAUACUUGAUCAGAAUGAUAACCCGCCACAGUUCAACAGUACUUUCAUCUCUAGAGGAAUCAGAAGAACUGUCAAUCUCAAUACAUUGAUCAUUGACUUGAAGACUACUGUUAAUCCAGAUCCUGAUCUAGGGGAAAAUGCAGUACAUGGGUUUGCAUUCAACGGUGAUAUUACUUUUUCUAGUUCGGAUUUGAAAAAUAAAAUUCUACAAACAAAGGUUGGCCAGUGCCCAGAUAAACGGGAUGGCAGUGCUGCGUGUAUCACAUCCAAUGGAACAUUGUCAACGAAUAUCUUGUUUGAAGAAAAUAUGAAAGGAUAUCUUUUGAUACCAUUGGUUGCAACAGACGCUGCUGGGAAUAGUACUACAACUUUGAAGAUAUAUAUAAUUUCUGAUGACCAAACUGCAGCUAUGCUGAUUUAUGACAACAAAGCGUUCGUGCAGUCUAACCAAGAUGAAAUUCUGCGGUAA